AUGGAUGGAAAUACGCUCAUCGCACUCCUCAUCGGCCUGACACUGGCUGUAGCUGCGAUUGGAUGGCUAUUCUACUGCUGGUACCGACGACGGGUGCGAGUUGGUGUUUUGGUCAGUGAGGCUCAUGCUCGAAUGAAUCAAGAUCGUGAUCAGGCAGACUGGGACCCCGAGAGAGGUGACUACUCCCCACGCAGACAUAUCCCUCGAUUUUCGAACGCAGCUUGGAUACGCCCCAAGCGAGUUCAGCCGCGAAGACGGCAACACUCCGAAUACAUUGUUCUCCGUCGCCUCAGCCCCAGUCCAGAUCGUCACCAGCACGGGGAUGCAAGAGGCAAGCAAUGGGAUGGAGAACACUCAAAUGUGAAAACCACGCCGAAGAGACGCAGGCAAAACCAGAAUCAACAGCAGAAUCAACAGUCACAGGGGCAGAGCAAGAGAAAUAAGAAGAAGCAGCGACAUCAGCAACGACAACAGCAGCAGCAACCACGGACAAAGAAGAAGAAACAACAGCAAAGGCAGAAUAGCCCGCAGGCGUCCCCCGCCCCCGUACAGCAAGGCGAGGCAACGUGGGAAGACACAAGCUGGCAGGCAGAGCAAAAAAACACCACAGACGCGAAAGGAAACAAGCCCGACGGUCAGCAAGCAUAUCAGAAUGGUGGCUGGAGCAGUGCAGAUACACACUGGAAUACAAAUAAGAACAACCAGAGUGGUCAGCAGCAAGAUCAACCGGUGGAUCAGGGUCAAGAAUCGAAAGGAUGGUAA